AUGAAGCCUCGUUCUGAAUGCGAACGCUACGUGGAAAAUCACCAGGAAGAUUACCCCAAUGAGAGAAGAUGCAAGGAGAUAGGAGACAAGAGGGUAGGAGACGAGGAGAUAGGAGACAAGAAACUAAGAGAUGAGGAGAUAGGAGACAAGAAGCUAGUAGACGAGGAGAUAGGAGACAAGGAACUAGGAGACGAGGAGAUAAGAGACAAGAAACUAGGAGACGAGGAGAUAGGAGGCAAGAAGACGAGGAGACAAGAAGCUAGGAGACGAGCUAUAGGAGACGAGAAGCUAGGAGAUGAGGAGACAAGAAGCUAA